CUUGUUUCUCCCGCUUGAGUGUUCGUUUAAUUGAGCAUGAAUAAGGUUCCGGAAAGCCCCACGUCGGCGGGACCGGCGGAAAAUGUGAUCCCCUGUGCCUCACCCACCUCCUCCGCUCCGGCAUUUCCCUCGAAGGAUUUGACGGUGCCCGCUCAAACCCCUGCCGGGGGCGAGUUAACGACCACCAAUGCGAAUACGAAUGUUACUAAUAAUGCUAAUGGGAUGCUAACCUCCGGCUACGGUUCUUACGGGGGGGGCAUGAUGUCGCCAUACGGCUUUGGUGUCGAUCCGUACGGCUACGGAAUGGGUGGAAUGGGAAUGGGGAUGGGCAUGGGAAUGGGCAUGGGGAUGGGGAUGUUUGGUAUGACCCCUGAAGCGCAGCGAAGCCAAAUGAUGAUGUUCAUGAUCAGCCGCAUCGUGGAGCUAUGGGGUAUGUUUUCCCAGGUCGUCCAGAUGGCCUUUGGAAGUGUCUUUCAGUUUGUGAGCAACUAUGUAAACAUCAAUCAAAAGCUCACUCAGAUUGAGCAAGAUGAGAUGCUGCAGAAUGAACAAUUCAUCGUUAAUGAACGCAAGAGGGUUCUGGAGCUGCAGAACCUACCUCAGGAACCGGUUCGGGUGAAGCAUCGGACUUCCAAAUUACGCAAGAAGCCAAGCUUCGUUCGAAGGCUUGUUGUGAAAAUCUUAUGGCAUGCCACUUUGGCUCUUAUCGCUUACUUCUUGUCGAAGCGCAUCACGGCGUGGUAUAAUGCGCGCAAAACCAGAAGUAUAAUGCAAUAAAUUUCCUAGAGGCAGUUUAGGGGAGAUUGAAAAGGAGUUAGACUAAUCUAAAGGAUAUUUACUUAAAAUGAGUGCGCUUUUUUCCUCAAUGAGCAAUUUUUUUGUGAUUGUGCAUCU